AUGUCUGCCGGAGUACCGUUUGCGCAGGAUCCAGCCGCGCCGACCUUGGCCGGCUCUGCGCGCAACGCGUCGCUCGACUCCAUCGACAAGAAGAGCUUCGCCGACGUUACCACUACGAAGAAUGUCGACGACUUCGAGUCUACGAUCACCCGCGAUGACCUUGCCGAGCCGGAUCCUGAUAGUACAACGCGGUUCAGCGACAUCUUCCUCCGCCGCCGUCGCGCUCCCGCGGAUCUCGACGCCAUCGCGACCAAACGGUCUGUCUACGAUGAUCCGUCUCUCGCCCCGCACUACUGGCCCAAGAAGGAGUACGAGAAUUACCAUCGGUUCGAUCCCAAUGUGCGCUGGACUGUUCGCGAAGAGAAGGCGCUUGUUCGCAAACUCGACUGGAGGGUCAUGUUAUGGGCUUGCAUAACGUUUUCAGCCCUUAACAUCGACAGAAACAAUCUGGGAAACGCCAACUCGGAUAACUUCUUGGCUGAUUUGGGCUUGACGACAAACGACUAUAACUGGGGAAACAGUAUCUUCCGGCUUACCUUCCUCUGCGCCGAGCUUCCUUCUCAGAUGGUGUCGAAACGUCUUGGUCCUGAUCGCUGGAUUCCCACGCAGAUGUGUGCUUGGAGUCUCGUCACCCUCGCACAGUUCUGGCUCACUGGUCGCUCGUCCUUCUUCAUCUGCCGCGCGUUGCUUGGGUUCAUCCAGGGAGGAUUCAUUCCCGAUUUGAUUCUCUACUUGUCCUACUUCUACACCAAGACGGAACUGCCACUGCGCCUCGCUUGGUUCUGGAUGUCGUCCGACAUCUGUGCCAUAGUUAGCAGUUUCCUCUCCUUCGGUGUUCUGCACAUGCGCGGCAUUGCGGGCAAGGAAGGAUGGCGUUGGCUGUUCAUGGUGGAGGGUCUCAUUACUCUGACCAUCGGCGUAGCGACAUUCUUCAUGAUGCCUCCAUCGCCCAGCCAGACACGCACUUGGUUCAGACCCAAUGGCUGGUUCAGUGAACGCGAGGAGUAUAUCGUCGUUAGUCGUGUACUGCGAGACGACCCCACCAAGGGGGAUAUGCACAACCGCGAGGGCUUGACGUUGAAGAGGCUCUGGCAAGCGGCGACUGAUUACGACCUUUGGCCGGUAUACAUCUUGGGUCUGACGUUCGGCAUACCCGUUUCGUCUCCGAGCACCUAUCUGACGCUCUCGCUCAAAAACCUCGGAUUUGGUACCUUCAACAUCAACCUGCUUACGAUUCCUGAGCAAGUGGCCAGCAUCUUCACGAACCUCGGUAUAUCGCUCAUCUCGGAGUUCGUCAACGAGCGAUCCUUUGUUGCGAUGGCGCAGGACUUAUGGUCGCUCCCUUUCCUCGUCGGCAUCUAUUGCCUCCCCGCCAAUCCCAACCCGUGGAUCUACUACGGCCUUGCAACGGCCUUGCUGUCGUACCCGUAUACCCACCCCAUUCAAGUGGCUUGGUGCUCACGCAACGCCGGCGCUGUCGCAAGUCGCACUGUGAACGCUUCGCUGUAUAACAUGUUUGUACAAGCGAGCGGCGUCAUCUCCUCGCAAAUCUACAGAAAAGACGAUGCUCCUCGCUACCGUCGGGGUAAUCGCGUGCUCAUCACCAUUGCCGUGAUCAACAUCGUAGUUCUCUAUCCGGGAACGAAGGUAUACUACAUCUGGCGCAACAAGCAGCGCGCUAAGAUCUGGGACGCGAUGACUCCUGAGGAACGCUCCGAGUAUCUGGCUACUACGAAGGAUGUUGGGAACCGUAGGUUGGACUUCCGCUUCGCUCAUUAG